CCAGCACAAAAGCAAGAAGGGAGGACCAAGCAUAAAGUUCCGACCAAAAAAAGGAUGGCUGCUAAGUCUGGUUCCAAGAAAAAGAAGAAAAAUCUCCAUGGAGAAUCAGUAUUCCACAGAGGCAGAGCUGACUGGUGGGGAAUGAUGGUAAACUCUUACUCAUUUAGUUGACGCCAAGCUUUCUAAGGGUUCAUGUGUUCUAAACCCAUAUUUGAGACUAGUUUAACUCUAUCAGAGGGUUUAUAAUGAACAUCUCCUCGAAGUUAACUUUUAGUAAUCCUUUAAUACAGUCCAAUGCAUAUCGGUCACAAUACAAGUUAUCUAAAAUGAUACUGAACAAAAAGAAGGAGAUUCGGUUAAAAAGACUCAAAAAUCUGAUAAAAUAACAGAGAUACUUUCAAAGACGAGCCUGAUCAGAAGGGAGAUGAGCCAGGCGAGGCUCUAAAUUUGAAGCCAGAGAAGACCCCUUCUGAAAAGAAUUACAUCAACAUGAAGCACCUUAAGAACCUGAGAUUCUUAAGAACCAAACAAAAUGUUGUUAUCAAGAAAAUGAUCAGUAUUCUUCAGAGUUAAUAUAAAGGCAGUAUGGAAUUCAAAAAGGGACUCUUCUCAAAGAUCCAGAAUAAGGAUGAAGACCUGCAGAACUAUAUCAUCGAGAUGGGAAAGAAACAUAUUACAAAAUUCAUGGAAGAUGAGAAGAAGAAAGAUGAAGACAAUCCUUUGAGCCAGGAUCUUGAAAAUAUUGAUGAUGAGUCUGUUAGUGACCAUAACACCAGUCCUGGUAAAACCUUGAAGAGACAAGAUACCCAUAUUUCAUUGAUAGGCAUCUCUAAACUGUUUAACAAAUCAAUGAACUUAAAAGACUACUUGAACCUAAACCUCGAUUUCAUGAAGGGUAAUUUUCCAAAAUAUAGUGCUUUAGACUUCAAGCUAUUAAAUAAUCAAAAAUUUCCUGAAACACAGAAAAACAGCAUGACAAGUAUUGAUCCUUCUGGAAUGGCAACUGCAAAAGUUCCAAAAGGGAGUCUCAAAGAAACAGAACGAUUGAAAUAAAUAUUUUUCAAACUCAAAAUCCAAAGAGAGUUAUGUUAGGAGAAAGAAGAAGCAAGCUAUAGAUUACUACAUGAAAGUCUCUUCCAUCGCAGACCCUAAGUUACAAACACAGGUGGCAAAUUCAAGCCACUUUAAGAAGAUUUAUACAGGAAGGUCACGGGAUAUCCCAGAGUGGUCUCUCAAGCAUUUUAAGGAUAUUGACGCAAUUGUACUCCGUUUCAAUUAUUUAUAGGACCAACCUUUUGCAGCCAGGAAAAGAUCAAUGUUUUGGACAAAAAGUCAACACUUAAGAAGAAAUUGCGUUUCUCCAUGGGAAAUGCUCGAUUCUCAGAGAGCCAGACUUCCCGUGUGAAGUACAAUCCUUUACUUGAAAAACUUGGCAUAAUAAGCCUUCAGUCCAAUCCUGGGUUGUUAAAUUCUAUUGAUAAGCGAAUGGAGACUUGGGACGAUAGGAUUAAUUUAAAUCAAAAGAACUCUCCUAGAGACCAGGCAAACAGGUUGCUACAAUUUGAGCCCCUUAAUCUCAAAUAUCCAAGCCAUGGAAUGCAAAAUUGGGAUGUUUCAGUAAGCUUAAAAGGAUCUAACAGCAAAAAAAACUCAGUCGAGCGUAACUUGAUCAUAAAUUAA